AUUUUGUUGGAUGAUGUUAUUGGGACUGUAUGAAUCUAGCUCAUGUUUUGUUCCUUUAUCGGUCGAUUGUGAUGUUAUUGGCAUUAAAAAGUUCUCGCGUCGACCGACGUAGUUUAUAAAGUUAAGGAGUUUGCGUAUCUCGUUAGUCUACGUCGUUGUAUUUCCAGAUUGAGUCGUGCGUGUCUUAGCGGUAGAGUUGACCCUUUCACUUGUUUGUGUACAGUUGUGUUAUCGGUAAUUCUAUCAGUGGUUGCAUCAGGAUUAUUCGUUCAAAUAAACAUGGACGGUCCGACCGGGCCAACUCCAUGCGACCGAGUGGGGCAAGCGACCACCAGUGGCGACGGUUUGGACAGACUCUCCUUGGACGCAGCCUGUGAGGACAGUUGCCAAUGCAGCAAGUCCCAGCCUGAAGUGAAGGUGCGCAGCAAGAGAUACGGCAGGGGUGCGGUGGAAUCAGGGUUAACGCACGAGUGUGGCGUGUUCGGCGCGAUCGGCACGGGCGAGUGGCCCACACAGGUGGACAUCGGACAGGUCAUAUGUUUGGGCCUAGUGGCGUUGCAACACAGAGGGCAGGAGUCUGCGGGUAUAGUGACCUCAGAGGGAAAAAGUGCACGGACCUUCAACUCGCACAAGGGCAUGGGCCUCAUUAACAAUAUAUUCAAUGACGAAGCCAUGAAGAAGCUCAAAGGGAACCUUGGUAUUGGACACACUAGAUAUUCGACAUCGGCCGCUUCAGAAGAAGUGAACUGUCAACCGUUCGUGGUGCAUACUGCUCACGGCGCGCUCGCGGUUGCUCACAACGGAGAGCUCGUCAAUUGUAGUAGCCUCAGGAAAAUGGUACUCGGUCGGGGAGUCGGUCUGUCCACGCACUCGGAUUCAGAACUGAUCACACAAGCGCUCUGCCUCAACCCACCUGAAGGGGAGACCAAUGGACCCGACUGGCCUGCCAGGAUCAACCACCUUAUGAGACUUGCGCCGCUGAGUUAUUCGUUAGUGAUAAUGCUGAAAGACAAGAUCUACGCAGUCCGCGACCCGUACGGCAACCGGCCGCUGUGUCUCGGCAAGAUUCUACCGCUCGGGUCCUCAUAUGUCUACAAACAGUCUUCAUCACAGCAUGCGGCGGUCCUUAUGAAUGGCUGUGCGAAGAACGGCAUCGACGACAAGGCGGAGGGCUGGGUGGUCUCCUCAGAGUCCUGUGGAUUCCUCUCUAUAGGCGCGCGCUACGUUCGCGAGGUAUUACCCGGCGAAAUAGUGGAGAUGUCUCGACGCGGCAUCCGCACUGUGGCCGUAGUGGAGCGGCCGGCCGGCAAGCAGCAGGCCUUCUGCAUAUUCGAGUACGUUUACUUCGCGAGGGCGGACAGCAUGUUUGAGGGGCAGAUGGUGUAUUCGGCGCGUAUGCAGUGCGGUCGCAUGUUGGCGCGCGAGUCUCCCGUAGAUGCGGAUAUUGUGUCUUCGGUUCCGGAAUCCGGAACUGCGGCCGCGCAUGGUUACGCUAGACAGUCGGGAAUACCAUUUAUGGAAGUUCUAUGCAAGAACCGGUACGUGGGUAGAACUUUCAUCCAACCAUCCACUCGGCUACGACAGUUGGGAGUCGCCAAGAAAUUCGGCGCGCUAUCAGAAAACGUGAUCGGAAAAAGAAUAGUGCUCAUAGAUGACUCCAUAGUGAGAGGGAACACUAUAGGACCUAUUAUAAAGCUGCUGAGAGACGCGGGCGCAGCCGAGGUACACAUACGUAUCGCGUCGCCGCCGCUCAAGUACCCGUGCUAUAUGGGCAUCAACAUUCCCACUAGAGAAGAACUCAUCGCCAACAAGAUGGACUCCUACAAACUGGCCGAGCUUGUCGGCGCGGACAGUCUCGAAUACCUCAGCGUUGACGGUCUAGUUAGCGCCGUACAUUACAACAUGCGCGUCACUCCUUCCGACGGGCUCGGAGGGCACUGCACCGCCUGCUUGACUGGCGACUACCCGGGGGGCUUGCCCGAUGACGCUGAUUGGUGAAAUGUAAGCGGGAAUAACUAUACUUUACUGAAAUAUACUAUGCUAAAAUAUUAUACUAUGGUACACUAUGCAACAA